AUGGAGCUGGUGGAGCUCCAGAGCGGCUUCGCGGAUUUCCUCUGGGGCGGCGGCCGGGGCGGGCUGCCCGGCCUCGGCGAAUGCGGCCAGGGCGCAGGGUCCGCGGGCGACCUGCUCGCGCGCGCGGUGCUGGCGUACGCCCCGGGCUACAGGCACGACUUGAUGAACUGCUCGCUCCUGGACGGCGGGCCGUGGGGCAGGGGCGGCCGCGCCCUGGAGGCCUUCCGCCUGCCGCCCAGGGCCUCCGCCCCGCGGGCGUCAGGCGCGCCCCUCGCGCCCGUGCUCGCGUCGCCCAUGUGGCUCACCUCGGUGCUCUGGGCCCUGGCGCGCCUGCUGCCCGAGAGGCGCGAGCGCCGGCGCCGCGGCGCGGUCGCGCUGGCGGCCCCAUGGCCCGACGUGCUGUGCCACACGUUUGACUUCGUCGCGCGGGCGGUGCUCUGGAAGGGCCUGCGGGCCCGCGGCGCGGCGGCGCGGAUGGGCAGGCACUUCUUUGCCGAGGACGGGGGUUUCGCCGUGUGGAGCUACGUGCUGCGGCGCUGCGUGGACCCGGCGUGGCUGAACCUGGCCUGCGUGUGCACCCUGUGCGAGCUGGUCGCGGGCUCGGCCGCGGACCCGGAGCUGUCCCAGGACUGCUGGGCCCAGCUGGCCGGGCCCCACAUGGCCUCGUUCUGGGCCGAGACCUCGGCGCCCGUCCAGAG